GCGAUUUUUGGAGAAUACAUUUUUUACUCGAAAAAGCAGAGAAGAUAACAAGCUUGCUACGAAACUACUGGGCAGAGCAUGUUACCUGUGCAGCCCAGCAUUGAAAUGUGGGAGAAGGCUGCCAGUCUGUCCCCGAACGAGCCACUGUGAACUGAAUUACAUGCUCUUCAUCCCCAAUUUGAAUUGAUUGCUUCCCUCUCUGUUGCAGUUGCGUAUUUUUGCAAUAGUAGGUCGUGACCGAAUUUCAUUAUCAUCAGCUAGCAGAUUUUUUUUCUCAAUCUAAACAGAGAAAAAUCACGAAAGAUGAAUUUCAACAGACAUCGAAGGAGCGUUUUAUUGUUCUGGUGGUUGUUGACCGUUGCUGUGCUGGUGACAGAAGGACAAGUGGAUCAACAAUUUUCGCCAAAGCAAUUCAACGGAUCAGAACGCAUUAAUCAAUCCGAUCAGCAUAGCGACACAACGUUGAACCAAAGGAAUGACAAACCUCACGGUCCAUCGGUUCAACGCCAAUUCUCUUCCGGAAUAGAUCUCGUUAGCCGGAUGGGAGAUGAAUUUAUGAUUGGCCUGGAAGAUCUAAAAACUAGAAUCUCCACCGACUACAAAAGAUACUCUUCAUCAUAUGGAGGUAGCGAUUACUCCUCGUCAGGAAGCUAUCAAGAAGGAUGCUGCGACAAACUGGACUUCCAUACUUUCGUGCCCGGUUUUGUUCUGGUGGCCAUCUCUUAUUUUCUUUUCUUCCUGCUCAACGCUACUGUCACGGGCGGUCGGCGUCGCCGGAUGGUCACAUCGUCUAAAAGGGAAGAAGAAAGUAAGUUAUCCGUCAAAUAUUUUAGUCUUUUUUCAGUUUGUUUUUGUACUUGAA